UAGAAGUCUUUCCAAUAUAAAUUAUCAGCAUGAAAGUGAUUCAUUUUGUCUUCGUUUUGUUUUGCCUUUUUGUGCGCUCUAAUUUUGCUAUUCCAAGAUUACAACAGCCAGCCAAGUGGCAACCCGUUGCUGCUACUACCGUCGCGCCAGCAGUGAAGAAUAUCGCAAGACCAGUAAAGAGAAGUCCGCAAACAGAUUCACAGUCCAAUGAAACGAAUUUCGUUUUGCCAUUAUUGCCGCCUUUGCCUAAUAACACCGAGGUUGUGCAUGAAUCGGAAAGCGAACAUAACGGAAAAGUUUACGAUCAUAAGCAUCGCAUGUUGUUGGCGGUGCAAUCGGAUGUGAAAGUGCGUGAUGGAGUUAAGCAGCAAGAAAAAUCGAAAAUUACGCCUGCAAGAAAUGAUGAUCCGGAAGCGCGAAAACGUUUUAAGGAGGGAUUAAAGGAUCUAUUAUCGAAACUCCACCCAACUUUACCGCUCUCUAACUCCGGCAUAGAAUCCGAAUCGCAAUCAGAGCUAGCCAAUGGAUUGCCAAACGGCGGUCAACAGCCAAAAAAUUAUCAACGUUCUUCAACGCAUCUCAAGACACUUGACUGUGAAGACAUUCCACACAGUGAAGCAUUAUUGAAUUCGGCUAUUUUAAAAGAGGUGGCACAAAGUCUAACAAAACCUGAAGCCAUAUCAGCUUCCAGUAUUGAGGAUUUACCAGGGCUGAGGAGGAAAUUGCUAAAGUCACGCCGUAAUCGAAUGAAAAUGCUGCCGCCUUUUCGCAGAUAUCCGCAUUUCUCUUGGCCACCACAUUCGCCUGUAUAUAACAGUUUCAACUUGCAACAUCCUUAUAACUGUGAUUGCAAUUAUUUCCUGAAUCCUAUAAAUGAGAUUGGUGUACCAACUAUCGAAUACAUAUGGGAAGAUUACGAUGACAUCAACGCAAAUGGCGGUGAUGUUUUAAAAACGGUAGAAAAUGGUGAAAUGAGGGGGUCUGAAAGAAAGUAA